CAUCAUGGCGGCAGGUUCAAUUUCUGCCCAACAGUUUAGCGAUUGUUUGGAGAUAUUUAUGCAACAGUGUCUUCUCUCUCAUGAUCGGUGGGAAAUGAAGACGUCUGUUAAUGGAGAGAAGUAUUUGUGCAAAAGACAGUGUGUAGCUUCCCGUAAAGAGACAACGCCUCUUGGAGAUGAUGCAGAGGACCCGUCAUUAGAAGAACAGCUUAUACCGAUCAGCUUAUUUAUGGAGAUGGAAGCUGACCCAGCUUCUGUAGUCGUCGACUGUCGGACCAUCACCUUCACAUACGAGUACCAUGUAGUCUAUAGUCACAGCUAUGCAGUACCGGUCCUGUAUUUCAAUGCCUAUAAAACAGAUGGGAAGCUGUUGUCGUUGGAGGAGAUUUGGUCGAAUGUACCCAACCAUUACCGAGAGAGGCUGAACCAUGAGCGAUGGACCUUCUUGACGCAACAGGAGCACCCCUUAGUGGGACGUCCGUUCUACCAGCUUCAUCCGUGUCACACAGCGGACCUGAUGAAGCAAGCAUCUGCCAUGGAGAAUACGUCAAGGUAG